AAAGAAAGAAAGAAAGAAAAAGAAAGAAAAAAGGAGGGAAGAGAGAAAUGAGAGACAGGGUACUGGAAUCCCAGCACCUCGGCCUUGGCUUAGCCGCGGCGGCUGCGGCGGCUGCGGCGGCGACGACGACCUACCUCCUCCUCACUUCCUUCCAAGCGACGCCGACGACGACGACCCCGCGCCCGGCCCUCGACCCCCGCAAGACGGCCCGGUCUCCGAAAUGGACCGUCUUGCCCGCCCUCUCCGCCUCCGCCUCCGUCUCCGCCCGCGACGCCCAGCCGUACCCGCCCGACGCCCUCCCUGGCGGCCAGGACGUUGCCACCGCCUACGGGAACCUGCGUGUCUACGAGUUCGGGCCCGAGGACGCGUCUGAGAGAGUCCUGCUGCUGCACGGCAUUGGCACGCCGUGCCUCGCUCUGGGAGGCGUCGCGACCGAGUUUGUGGCGAAGGGUUGGCGGGUCAUGACGUUUGACUUCUUCGGCCGCGGCUACUCGGACGCGCCGCUCGACGUCCCCCACGACGCCCGUCUUUACACCACCCAGGUCCUUCUUGCCCUCGCCUCCUCGCCUCUCCCGGGCUGGGCCGGCAACGAUGCCUUCCACCUGCUGGGCUACUCCCUCGGCGGCGCCGUCGCCGCCGCCUUCGCCUCCUCGCACCCGCACCUCGUCCGCUCCCUCACCCUUGUCGCUCCUGGCGGCCUCAUCCGGUCCGCCGCCCACGUCAGCUGGAGGAGCCGCCUGCUGUACAACUCGGAGUGGAUCCCCGAGGGCGUGCGGCGGUGGUUCGUCGCGCGGAGGAUCGCGCCGGCCGACCCCAAGAGCGGGGGGGACGCCCCAGAGAAGGAGACCGUCGACGACGACGAGGGCGGGACGGCGGAGUGGGACGAGCUGAGGCUCGUGGGCGGGAGCCGGAUCGGUGAGGUCGUGAAGUGGCAGAUGGAGACCCACCCGGGCUACGUGAGGAGCUACAUGAGCACGAUCCGGCACGCGCCCAUCUACGACCGCGGGGGCGAGGAGUGGAGGGUCCUCGGAGAGGCGCUCUCGGCGAGGAGGGCGGGCGCGGCACCCGGGCUGAGGAAGGGGCGGGUGUUGUUUGUGCUAGGAGAGAGGGACGAUAUCGUGGUCCCGGGGGAGACGGUGUGGGACGCGGAGACCGUGCUCGGGGAGGACGCCGUCGAGGUCGUGGUGCUGAAGGGCGGGCAUGAGGUCGCCAUCACGAAGGGGAGUGAGGUUGUCGGGGCUGUCGUCGCUGCAUGGGAGAAUAACCGCUGAAUAUCAUAACAGUUAGAUGGGUUGUUGUAGAUUGCAUGUUUGAUCUAGAUCUAGAUAUCCAAGCGCUUAGAGACCAUAUAGAUUUCGGCUGCAUCUUACCGCUGCGGACAUAUUUGCCUCGCCCUUUCAAUCUCUCCGUCUUUUCAUCCCAAUCCAACAUGUGCCCGGCCCAGGGCUGGCCAACGAGGGCCGACCUCAUACAGCCUCAAUAAUC